AUGACGAGCGCUUCAUCUCGUUCUGGCUCGUUCAGCGCGGGAGCGGGCAUGCCGUUCAAUGCAGCUCGACUGGGCCUGAAGCCAUUGACGCCGAUGGUCAGACCGGCCGCAGCAUCUGUCGCUUCACCCACCAGUGUCGCCCAUCUACCACUCGCCCAUCCAUCCCCGUCGGUGGCUCACAACAGAUACGGACCGCCCAGUCACCCGCCCGAGGAAUCAGGUCCCGCACUCUCGCGACGAGGUAGCAUGUCGGCCUCUGCCCAGCCCAGGUCCAGACGACCUAGCUCGGUAGCAGGCUCCGUCUCACAACCCCAGUCGCCAAUCUCAAUCUCACAUCGUUCGCUGCCGAGUAUGACGGCGGGAGUCAGGCGACGCUAUUCGAGUGCGACAGAGGAUGCUGCACCUCUCGCUCGUCGCCCUUCGAUGGUCUCGGGUACUCUGCCUCUUGCCGGCAUGCGUCCGACGCCCAAAGCUGACGUAGCAGAGACUCAUCGAUCGUUGCACGCGCGUCGACAGUCCAGCGUCGCAAGGGAACCGACGCGCUUGCAUCACUCGCCCUCGCUCAACACGCUCAGAAGCGGUCGCUUCUCCUUCGUGGGAGGCGCUCAGACUGUUCACGAGACCGUCUUCUCCGACACGUCGUCCCUCCAUCCUGCAAUACAGCAAGAUCGGACGGGGCUACCCAUGGCACUCUCGCCAGAGGAGAAGAUCUCGAGAGUGAGGGAGGAUGCCGAGCUCACUGCUGUAGCUUUCAAGGCUCUUCUCGGCCAUGCCUCGCUCUAUGAAGAUCAGAACGAUAUCCAGGCUGAGCCUCGUGCUCUGUCCAAGCUCCUGGCGAGCUUGUUCGAUAUGGGCGCUGUCAAAGCGGAGCUCACGAAUCUUAGUGCACCGAAUAGACCAGCCACGAUUGACUCGGCUUACAUGACCGUCUACUACCAGCAGCUCAUCGAACAGCUCGUCACGAUUGGUCACCUCGUGUCUGCCGAACCCGAAUUCCACAACUUACUUACCUUUGCUACGAAAGAGAUGCAGUCGAUCUUGACCGCGCCCGAGCGAGCGGCGGCACCUGCCGGUCUGUCAGCCUUCGCAGGCUAUAGCUCCACACCGUCCCAGAGUCUCUACGGGCUUUUCGACGUCCUUCGUCACCGUGUCGCCAGUCAACCUAGCUAUCAAGCGGUCUUGCUCAAGCUCGUUGAUACGCUAGCCCAAUUUGUCCUCGUUUCCGAAGACGAAAAGCUCAGAUUGUAUCACACUUGCAAGGACCUCUGGGCACAUGGAACAGAUACACCCGGCGCUGUGCCGAUCGAGGACAAGCAAGGCAAGCCAGCUAAGCUCGAAGCUCUGCGUACAAUGUUCAGCAACGCCGCUGCGACCGUCGAACAACUCACUGGACUGCCCGUCAUGCCAUUCGUCCGAGCAUUGGCAGAGUGGUGGAGCAUAGCAGAUGACGUCUUGCCCCAGCUAGCCAAAGAGACCCACGCUUUCCUCUCCGCCAAGUUGCCCCCGCAAGCUCUGUCAGCCCCACUUUAUUACGUACAACAUCCCCUUGGCCACCCUUACAGCGAGGAGGAAUCAUCCGUUCGCUUUCACAUUCUUGCUGAGAGAUGGACUGCCGUCAUCUUGGCUGAUCCGCAUCGAUCCGCGCUCCUCAAAGUCGUCAAACAUGCCGACCGACUUAUCCAGGGCGUCAGAGGCAAUAGCGAAUUCACCCGCUUCUCGCGAGAUUGCAAACGUCUCUUUAGCAACUUCGCUGGUCCGGACGCUCUCGGCAAUACAUCAUACGAGAUCUCGCCGGAAGAGAUUAUCGAGAUGCUACGCGUCUUUUCCAAGCGGAUUUUGACCGUUCCUCUCGAGGACAUCGUACUAUCGGACGACUCGCUUGAUUGCAGUCUGAUGGGCAUCAGGGUCAGCUCGGAGGAUCUUGUCCCGGAGACUUUAUCUCGCACAGUGGAUGCAGAAUAUGCGCUUGCUACCUCUGCAAGGCACUCUGUCAAUGUCAGACAGCGCACCAAGCUCAAUCUGCGCUCGGUCAAGCUUGUCGCUCGGGGCGUCGAAUUUGCUUACAGAAAAAAGGGGGCGAUGCCGAUCUCUGAUGCUGGCAAAGCUGAUGUCCAGAUCAAGCUCAACAUCCAGAUUGUCACAUCGCCCGGCAAGUCGUCGACUUUCACACUGCCUGCAUUCGAGAGCUCCGACGUCGAAAUCGCGGACUGUCAGAUUGCCUUUAGUGGUACUGGCAUGGACAGCUUGUACAAAUAUGCCUGGCCAGUGCUCAAGCCCAAAAUCACCGCCAGUUUGCAGAAGCAUCUGACGACAUAUGUCAAUCAGAAGUUGAGGGCCUGGCUGCCUGCUGCUGUGCCUGCUGGCCUUGCAAAGCUUGGCGCAGCUCAAGGUACUCAUGCUACAGCCCGGGAUCUCUUCCGCGAGCGCGUCCGCUCCACCAGCCUCCGGACGGAUAUCCCACUCGAUAAUGUCCCAUCAGGUCCAUCGUCUGCCGUGUUCGAAGAAGGCGAAGCUGCGCCGCCUACCGGCUUGCAGCAGCGCCGUCAAUCCAUGGCAGAUUGCUUGACUAGCGUUUCGAAGCGUGAUUCGACGCUGACCGACAACAUCCGCAGGCCACCCAAAGCCGAAUCCAGCCAACUUCCUGCCGUCUUUGAUGAUGAAGAGACAGAAUAUGAGUACAUGGCCCACUCGCUGUCUGCUCUCGCUCGACGCGAUACCACCACGUUUGACGCCGUUGCCAACCCACCCUCGGCUUUCCCUCGCUCAGAGGGUAUGACAUAUGAAGAGUAUGAUCAGGCUGCUUUGCAUGAAGCGGCAGCAGAGGCUAGGCCAGAAGGGCCGACGAUGUCCCAAGCAUUAUCGGAGCUGGCGUCGCGAGAUGGCACAACCUUGGAGGCUAUCAUGUCGCCUCAUGGCUCUGCUGCAGCAUCAGUCUCUGCCAAGAAGCUUCAAGCUGUUCUCGAUCGCGAGCAGGCUCGCUCGAACAGCGACAGUAAGCCUCGACACUCGAUGAGCAAGAUCACGCGCGACUUGUCUGGUCUGCCUGAUCUCGACCCUGCUCCCGCGCCCGCUAGUCAACGAUCAUCUGGCUACUAUGCAGAUGCGCCCCAAGUGAGCUCGCCCGCUCGCAGCAUGGCCGACUUCCUCGAUGCGCGCUCGCGCGACGACAAUACGCUGCCGGAAACACAGGCUACAGGCGCUUACAACACGCCACACGAUCGUGGCGUGCCACGGAAGAGUUUCAGCAGCCUUGAUGAUGCCGAGCGUGUCAAGAUGAAGGAGAUGCUUUCCAAGCUCGCCAGUACAGACACUACCCUGCCGGAGAACAUUGCCUCGCCUCCGGGAAGCCGCAGUGGGUCUUUCGCAUACGCAAGAGGCGCUCGACCUUCAUUCACUGCGCUCAAGAGCUCCUUUGCGAUGAGCGACGCCCUUACGGAAGAGUCCACUCGCGAUGGGACUCAGAUCCAGCAGCGUCAGGCACGCGCACCCUCGAGCUCGUCUGUGACGGGCUUGAGCGAUGCAGAGAUGCGCCAGCGCCGACAGUCGUUCAAGCUAUCUGCGGAAGCGAUGAGAGAUAGCACACUGCUCGACAACAUUGCUUAUCCCGUCACGGUCAAUCAGUCGGUCACGCAUGAUGACAACAGUGGGCAGCCACACCCACUUGCAAGGCGAGCAUCUUCUGUAGUCUCACGACGGCCAAAACGGCUCAAAAGUGCUUGGCGAGGCUUGCGAACGGUCAGGCUGGUCUUAGCAUGGGUAGACGGCCGAUGUCGUGCUAAGCCACCAGCUGGCUUGCGGGAUUCGUCGAUAUCCAGCGGCAUCACACGACGACAUGCAUUUGCUCUAGCGAUAUCCGAGCACGCCACUCGCUUCCGUCCUGCCUCCGGCCGUCUCUGCCAAGCCAUUCAGAGGGUCUAUGCCAACGGACUACCGGCACUGGCUCGACUGGUGCUCUAUCAUGAAGCGGACGAAGGACAGACGACGCCUUUGCUCGUGCGACUCGGCAGCACGCUGGGUGAUCAACUCGCUUUCCAGCUGCACAAUGAGAAUCUGUCAGACGACGCAGAUGCCAGCUUGGGCCAGAUUGCGACAAAUACGGUACAAGCAGCUGCCGUUGGCGGCACUUUUGGCGCUCUCCCCGGCCAGACAGUCAACGCUCUCUUCAAUGCAAUUGGUCACAUCUCCCAAUUCGUCCUGCAGCCAAGGCAGAAGACAGAAGUCAUCCUUGUAUUCAAGCCGGACUCGUCCCACGCUAUCGCCGCCUUGCCCGCACACCCAGCUUUGCUUGCGCCCGGGCCCGCCUCGCUGCCCUCCUCGUUCGCGUCGCAGCGGGCCGGUAAUUCGACAGGGUCGGUCGAUAACGAUAUGCUCUCGUCUGUCUCACUUGCCGGCGACUCGAGCAAGUCAUCUUGGCCAGAUGAGCAAGCUGCCCACAAGGCGUCAUACCUGCUCGGCCGACUUGAAGGCUACCUGACCAUCGACGCAGCAGCUCUGAUCUCUGAUGAGUCGACUAGCACCGUCGAAGCGAGAGAUCAUCAGCAGAUGUCCAUUCCUGUACACGCUUCAGUCUGUCGCUCGGCCUUUCACAUCGCGGGUGCACCUGUGGAAGACAACGGCAUGAUCUCCUUCGAGCUCGGCAAUUGCGUCGCUGGCGAAACCUACGUUCGUGACUUCGAGCUCGUCAACAUGUCCGAUAUUGAGCUUUACUGGUCGUUGGAAGACCCAGAUGGUGCAAUGACGGGCAAGAAUCAAGACGCCUGGGUUGUCAUCGUCGACGCAGAGCGCGGACAUUGGUUAGGCAGCAAAGGCAACGAUUGGGUGAAGCCAUACCCGGCUGCACCAAUGUCUACGCGACGGCUCAAGCUUGUCUUCCGGCCAGGCGUACCUCAAGAGCUUGACGUGACCUUCCAGUUCGCCAACCUUCAAGACAGCGAAAACUUUGUACAGAUCCACAUCACUGCCUCUGUUGCACUCUCAAGGGCGCCAGAUUCGGUACUUGUCAGACCGGAAGGACCUAUCGAUUAUGGCGAUUGCAUCAAUGGACUAUGGGCUAGUCGCACCAUCACUGUCAAAAGUCUGACGGAAUAUCCACUUGACAUUGCCUUUUCUGCAGAGCCGGGCUACGAAAUAAAAUUUCAGCUUGCAGAUGGCUCGAUCACAGCCUCGGCUGGGCUUCCAGACUCUUCUGCUCCUAUUGAAGACAAAGCCCGCGACACCGCCACCGACAACUAUCCCGGAUCAGACCCUAGCAGUCAUGACUUCGAUGCGCAUCCUGACUCGCAAUCAGUGACGAGCAGAAAGUCUACGCUUGACUCAACUUCUCUAUUUGAUGCGAGCAGCGAGCUCUCGUCGCCCCGGUCAACGGGCGUGCAGCGCCGCGCAGUCGACGCGCCAUCUUCUGCAUCGCGGCCGCCAUCUCGGCCACCAUCACGGGGCUCAUCGAUCGCAAGCGAACGUUUUAGCCCGCAAGGGCCGCAAGCUCAGAGAUAUGAGGAGAAGCCGCCAGCGCUGAAUUUGCCGGCUUCGAAACCUCGCGUUUUAGGCGGCAUCGCUCUCUCUCAGCGCUUCAGAACGAUGACCUCGGAAAACGAGGCUCGCAUAGAUGACAUCUGUGCCCGUCCCGCGGUCGAAUACAAGAUCAUCGUCUCGUAUCGACCCACGGCUUCCAGGGAUCACAAAGCCAACCCUACUUUACUCCGACUCACUAGACGCACUUUCCGAAUCUUCAUUGAGUUCAGACGAUGGACGCGAAGGCGGUCAAUCGAUACCGCAGAAACCUACAUAGGGCGCUUUGCGAUUCCCUGCAAAGCUCGCACAUGCAACUCUGUCAUCGAGGUGAUGCCCAAGGCCAUCGACCUCGGCGAAGCGGCAGUCGGAUUAGGAAAGUCUGCAACGCUCACGAUCCGGAAUUUGUCCGAAAUGGCUGCCAAGGUAGACUUGCGCUAUGUCAGUAAGGUCAUCAGCGCGACGAAGGGCGAAGUGGAGAUUGCGCCUUUGCAAUCAGUUGAGCUUCGCGUUGAUGCCUUUCCCCGACGGGUCAACGAAAAGUAUCGCAAGCAAAUCACGGUCGUCAACAAUCUCAACAAGUUGAACGACCAGGUCGUAGAAGUUAUGGCACGCAACGUUGACAAGCAGCGCAUUGCUGUCCAUUCACUCUUUUAUCGCAUUCUAACGUCCGGCGGCGGCAAUUUUCUCACCUUCGGCAAUGUCGUCGUCAAUGCUAUGGCCGUCCGUACGAUGGCUCUUGAGAAUCCGACCGAUGCGCCCGUCCUGCUCGAACUCGAAUGCGCACAUCGCGAGGACAUACAGCUCUUCGUUCGAGCAAAGCGCGCCUCAGAGGGGCCUCAGGGUCCAUCCGGGUCCCGACGACCUUCUGGCGAUAUGACGCCAUUGUCUAGCUCAGCGCAAGCAAAGGACGCAGUUGCAGCCUCGACGAAAAUAAGGACAGCGCAAAUCAAGGAUCGUGUGCUCGAUGCUUUCUUCUCGCAGCCGAAAGCUCCAACUUCGUCGCAAGCGUCUGCUACAAGCUCGCACGCUGAUUCUGUCACAUCGUCCAAUGCUGAAAGUUCUAGUUCCAACGAUUCUACAAAGCCUCGUCCGACUGAAGCCUACGGUCAAGGCGUCGCUUUCAAGAAUCGGCAUCUCUUGUCGCAGUCGGAAUAUCUUGACCUUGCGACGGGACCGCCAGUGGACGUCAAGAGGGUUUCGCCUCGAAGCAAGAAGGCUAUCAAGCUGGAUAAGCUAGAGACGAGCGGUAGAUUAAAGCUGCCAACAGAAGGUCAGGACAGUGAGGUCAUUCGCCCCGCGUUUUUGCCACCUCUGGUGCCCGCUUCUCCCGAGAAGCCGAGACCGGCUAGUUCCAGAUCCAGUUCCCACAGCGGAUCGCCAACACGACCGCCUGCUAUGCUGUCAGAACGGUCGAAUACUUCUCCUGCACUGACUGGCCGGCGGCGCGUUCGCAACAUCUUCCUGGACGCAUCUCAGAAGGACAACGAUGAGCUCACGCUGGACGAAGCUCUGCUUUUGUCAGAGAAACAUAGCGAGCAUCCGAGUGCAUCUUCGUUCAAGGAUCACGAGGCAGAGGAUCAAUAUGUGCGGAAGUAUGCGAAGAUCAAAGCUGCCCUGUUAUCAGCAAUAAGUACUGGCGAUCUGGUGCCUGUCCACAACGUGAGUAUACCGCCCGGCGGAGACGAACAGCUCGUCGUCGUUUUGCGGCCCAAUUCUUCGACUCGUCCACACGUGCAGGGUUUGUAUCGCAAGCAGGACUCGCGGAUCUUCCUCAAGAUGGUUCAGUACGACGAAGAGCUGAUGCGAACAUCUCCACUGGCAGAGGGCAUCACAUGCCCUGAAGACAUUCCUGUACGCGAGCUUAUGCUGAGGACAAGCAUGUGUCGCAGCAUUCUCGAACUUGGCCAAGCCCAUAUCAACUUCUCGACAAUCGAGCGCGGUCAGACAAAGACGAAGGUCAUUGUGCUCAAAAAUCGCAGCGAGACCCCUCUUCUCUAUCGCAUUCGUAAAUCUGGCUCCAUUGCAUCCGGCGACAUCAGGAUCGAUUCUGGUCGGCAUGGGUUGAUCGCUCCUUUCAGCAAGAAAGAGGUUGAGUUCAUAUUCAAGCCAUCGAUGGCGGGACAGUUCAGCGAGCUUGUUACUAUCGAGAACGUGGAAGACUCUGACAACAAUCAGGUCUUGUCAAUCAAGGCCCACAUCAAGCGGCCCGCCACUUUUGCAGUGGAGCCCAGUGUCCUCGAUUUCCCAUCCUGCCAGCUUGGUCAGAUCUCGGACGGCAAGAAAGUGACGGUCACCAAUUUGAGCAAACAAAGCAAAACUUUCGUCAUCGCACUGGACCCGACUGGCUAUUGCUUCGCAUCGUGCACCGUCGAUGUAAAUUUCGAAGCGCUCGGCGGUGACGCUAAGCCCGCGCUUGGCAAGGAAGACGAAGAGGAGAUUGAGCACCUAUCGCAAAAGCUGAAGAUCGCGCAAAGGAAGGGGCAAGAUGAUAAGACAACAAAGUACAGCAAGCGAUUGCUUGAGCUUGGCGUUAAGAUCCCCAAGCCAGAGGGUGAAAGCGAAAGUGACGAUCCCAACUCACCCGCAUCUGCCGCUACCGCCGAGCUACGACAAGACGCGAGUUCGAUAAGCUUCUCCAUUCCUGCGCAAGAGUCAAGACAGAUCAGGCUGUCACUCCAUCCUCGCGCGAGGCUGCCAGCGACGAGUUGCUCUGCUGACGCAUAUGAGGACGUUGCGUCACUGGUCACCGUUCAGGAGCUCAAGAAUGCAGACACUAUUACCAAGAUCCAGAUCACGAGCAGGAUCAUUGGCAAUCCGUGCGAAUCGCGCAACGACUCGCCGCAGCCCUCCCAAGGUCGAUGGAUUUCGAGGCCUCACGCCCGGGCGGUAGCGUCUCGCGUCAUCGCGCGUCGCGCCAAGUCAACGGGUCGAACGGCCGGAUCAGCCGGCCAAGCGAGGGUCAUGGCAGAGACCGGCAGGAAGCGCUCAGGCAGCAUCAGAGAGACGCUUGACUAUAUCCGGGAUGUGCCUGCAGACCACAAGCUAGCCAGCUUCAAUGGCUUUGCUGACCUUCCAACGUCUCCGGCUAGCGGAGCUGCUCCACAACCUUUGGCUGCUACGGUCGGCCAUGCAAAGAAGGACAGCAAGGCGGCUUCGGCCAUUCAUGACAAGGAUGGCAAGAAACUCGCCGGCUGGGAACAGGGCUCUCAAGGCUUGCUGCACGAUCUAAAGACGUUCCGGUGGAUGCGACACCCUCAGUCAUCCAUCAAGAUUAUCGCUGCAUUCGUCAUUGGCUACUUCGUCUCGGAGCUUGUGGCACCUCAGAGUGACAACAUCUUCGCCCACUUUCUCUUCAUUUCUCACAAAGUGCCGACGAGCACGCUACAGAAGGCAGCUACAGCCUUGACGGGGCGCGACAGCGCACCACAGUACUGGAAGGGCGAAUGGGAUAUUGCCUUUUUAACAUUCUAUAUCGUCGUCUUCAGCUUCGUUCGCCAGUCACUCACAGAAUAUGUCAUUGGACCCAUCGCAAGGAGUCAGGGACUCACCAAGGACGUCAAGAUUGCUCGCUUCAUGGAGCAGGGUUACGCGCUCGCUUAUUUCGGCGUCUUCUCGGUCUUUGGUCUGCUUGUCAUGAAGGACAUGCCAAUCUGGUGGUAUGACACCAAACAAUUUUGGCUCGGCCUACCCCACUUCGAGAUGUCUGGACCCUUGAAGACGUACUAUCUGUUGCAGUUCUCCUACUGGCUACAGCAGAUGCUCGUACUCCUACUCGGUAUCGAAAAGCCUCGCAGUGACUUUUUCGAAUUAUGUAUACAUCACGUUGUCACGCUGUGGCUAGUCUUUUGGUCAUACAUGGUCUCUUUGACAGCUAUUGGCGUCUGUGUCUUUGUCUCGAUGGACGUGCCAGACAGCUGGCUCGCAACUUCCAAGUUGCUCAAUUAUCUACCGCACACUCAGCGGUUAUCUGAGUACACCUUUGGUAUCUUCCUCGGCAUAUGGACGUACUUCAGACACUGGCAAAAUUUACGUAUGCUUUGGUCAGUAUGGUUCGAAUAUCAUGACCUCGUGCCGGCAUCAGCUGUCAAAUGGGACCCUCCAACAUACUGGCUGUUGCCAUGGAUGCGGUAUCAGAUCUUUACGCCCAUCUUGCUAUUACAAUUUGUCAAUCUCUUUUGGUACUUCCUAAUGUGGCGUAUCGUGUUCCGGAUGUUCAACGGUCAUGCCGCUUCGGAUGUGCGAGAAGACGAAGAAGAUGUAACAGACUCGCCACAGAAGACCAAGAAGCAGCAGUAG